AAUAGCAAAUCUUACUCUAUAGUAUAAAUAUUGAUAACGAUAAAGUUAUUCAAUAGCGCAAACAGGAAAGGUGUCAAGAUUAGGUCUUGUAAAAUAAAAUGCAGGCAACCGACUGGCAGUCAGUUCAGUAACAUCAUUCAAAUGAGCUACAAUUCUGCAAUGGAUCUCUCCGGAAAGGUUAUUAUAGUCACAGGAGCAAGUAGUGGAAUCGGGGCUGCCACGGCCACAUAUCUAACCCAACUGGGUGCAAUCGUCGUUUUGACCGGUAGAAACGUCGAAAAUCUCAAUAAAAUUGGUCGCGAAUGUGAAGCCAUUGGGAAACAAAAGCCUCUAAUAAUCGUGGCCGACGUGACAAAAACGGAAGACAACCUCCGGGUGAUUGACGGAACGAUUAAGAAGUUCGGCAGAUUGGACGUGUUGGUCAACAAUGCUGGCAAGGGACAGAAUGGGACCAUCGAAAGUACCAGUCUGGAACAAUUUGACGACAUAAUGGAAACCAACUUGAGAAGCGUCUAUCACCUGACCAAACUGGCCGUGCCUCACCUCAUCAAAAGCAAAGGCAACAUCGUCAACGUGUCCAGCGUGGCGGGGACAAGGUCGUUUGCCAACUCUUUGUCCUAUUGUGUUUCGAAGGCUGCGUUGGAUCAGUUUACGCGAUGUGUCGCGCUAGAGCUUGCGCCGAAGCAAGUCAGAGUCAACUCUGUUAAUCCAGCGGUGAUUGUAACGAACUUCCAGACUCCGCUGGGAAUGACACCCGCCGAUUAUGCUGCCUAUAUAAAACACAGCGAACAGUUCCAUCCACUGGGACGGGUGGGUAAGGCGUCGGAAGUAGCCGCGGCCAUUGCGUUCCUGGCGGCCGACACGGCGAGCUUCAUCACGGGGACCUGUCUUUGCAUCGAUGGUGGGAAGAACGUGUUGUGCCCUCGGUAAUCGUGUUCUCAGAUUAGUCCACCAGUGCCCUAAUGUAUCCCACAAUUGGUCGGUGUUCAGACAGACUGAACCAAGUGCUUUUUCAUGGUUUCAGAAAAUGGUAUGCCAGUCAUUCGAAAUGUCUAAAUCUUUGUAUUAUUUGCUGUAAUAAUGUACCUAACUUAUCUAUUUAAUCAAAAUUACAUCGGAAAAAUCAGAAUUGAAGGAGUCCUUAACGUAUAUUUAGAACGCCAAAAUAUCAGCUAGUCCGGUCUGUCUGAACACCGACCAAUUAUACUUAAGUCCCGAAAUUGUUAUCGAAAGUUAUAUUCAAAAAAAAAAAUCAGUAGAAAAAGUAAAACCUAUGACGCGAAUAAAAAAAAACUUGAAAGCAUGUCUUUGAUAUCUGACAACUCCAUGAAAAUAAUUUUGCAUAUUAUUAAGGAAAAAUGUAUGCUAGUAAUGUCAUAAAAACCGUAAGAGUUCAAAAAAUAUAUACGAAUCAACCAUUAAAAAGGUAGUCGAUGGACAAUGAUUAGACUGCGUCGACUGUUUGUCUGUGUGAAGACAUUAUGGAAUUCUUUCAAAACUGUAGUUUAGUAUCACAUCGUGAUCAUGGAAGUAGCUUAACACAUAACUUUAUUCACGAAUUUCAUUCUAGAUGGUUUCCAUUCUUUUUUUCACUAUGACUUACUCUUUGGAAGGUGUUUUUU